GGCAGAAUGGCCACAGAGGAGCGGCACCUCGCCUCCAGCUGUGGGUCCUUCAUCAAGACUGAGCCCUCCAGCCCAUCUUCUGGCAUCGACGCCAUCAGCCAUCACAGCCCAAGCGGCUCCUCCGACGCUAGCGGUGGCUACGGCAUCGCCAUGGGUGGCCACCCCAAUGGCCUAGACUCGCCCCCCAUGUUCAAUGGUACCUGCCGUAAACGUUACGACGACUGUGCCAGCGCCAUCAUGGAGGACUCGCCCACCAAGUGCGAGUACAUGCUCAAUGCAAUCCCCAAGCGGCUGUGCCUGGUGUGCGGGGACAUUGCUUCUGGGUACCACUACGGCGUGGCUUCUUGUGAGGCAUGCAAAGCCUUCUUCAAGAGGACUAUUCAAGGGAAUAUUGAAUACAGCUGCCCGGCCACCAAUGAAUGUGAGAUCACGAAACGGAGGCGCAAGUCCUGUCAGGCCUGUCGCUUCAUGAAAUGCCUCAAAGUGGGGAUGCUAAAAGAAGGUGUUCGUCUGGAUCGAGUCCGUGGAGGCCGUCAGAAAUACAAAAGGAGACUGGAUUCUGAGAGUAGCACUUAUCUGACCUUACAGAUCCCUCCCCCAGCUAAAAAGCCACUGACUAAGAUUGUCUCCCACUUGCUGGUGGCUGAGCCAGAGAAGAUUUAUGCCAUGCCUGAUCCAACCAUGCCAGAGAGUGACAUCAAAGCCCUGACAACCCUCUGUGACCUGGCAGACAGGGAACUGGUGGUGAUCAUUGGCUGGGCAAAGCACAUCCCAG